AUGCGUAAUGGCAGUAGGAAGAUAUUCACGGUUAUUUGUUCCGAGAAACUGUGGGGCGGAAAUACACUGCAGUUUCCAAUAGCUUGGGUGGCUGGGACCGGCGGUCGGGCGGCAUCGCUGCGACUCGCCAACGGGCGGGUGGCGGCACAGUCAGCGGAACAGCUGCCGCACUCGCCCGCAGACUGCGCAUCAGUGCGCAUAUCCAUCGAUAACACCAAUACAUGCUGCACCGACUCGCUCGUUACCGCACUCGACGACGAGACGUUGCUGUUGGGUAAGUCGCUAGAGUUUAUCGCGGAGACAUCAGCACACGUAGUAUAACUAACUCGAGAAACUCUCGAGCGACUCUAAAUGGUCGAGAGACUCGAGGAACUGUUCGAGAGCAUACAAUAAUAUUACACUCUUGGUCUCGCUCUCGCCCGUUUCAAGAGACUCUCGAGAUCGUGAUGCUACACAGGUUAAAGGACCUUUUGGAUAUUGAUUUAUAAACAGAUCUUUGUUAUGGAGAUCUCUCCUCUCCACCACAUCCAUCCACCAUAAGGAUAUAAAAACCCACCACAUACACCACCACGUCGAUAUGAAACCGAUACGUAAACCUAAAUGCAUUAGAGAGAGAACUAGAGACAUUUUUUCUUUUUCUGAAUACUGUUUUCCACUGUUACCUAUUUAAGUUAAUUUUUUCUUAUCCUGAGACAUUAUUAUU